CUAUUGUGUCUAUCUCAAACAUCUGAAACAUCUGUCCAUUGUGUCUAUCUGCAGGUGAAGGAUGAGAAGAAGAUCCAGGAGGUGGUUGACCUGACGGAUUACGAGCGUUCUGAGGAGCUCCGCAAGGCCAAGAGCCGCAGCAAGAAGAACCACAGCAAGUUCACCCUGCUGCGCUGCAGAACCCCAGGCAACACGGUCCCUAACCUGGUGUUCCUGGCUGUUAGUCCAGAGGAGAAGGAGUCCUGGAUAAACGCCUUAAAUGGAGCAAUCACCAGAUCCAAGAACAGCAUCCUGGAUGAGGUCAUGGUUGAGGAUGAAAACCUUCUGUCCCAUCUCACACGGGACAGGGCUAAGAUCCCUCACACACGGCGCCUGCCUACACGAGGACACAUCAUGGCUGUGGCCUCCACUUCUACCUCUGACGGCAUGUUGACCCUUGACCUGAUCCAGGAGGAGGACAGCCCCAGCACAGACAGCCAGGACACCUGUGACAAGAGCUUCCGGGCCAACCUGGACAAAUCCACUCAGCUCGACUGCCUCAGGUCCAAAACAGAGGGUGCCAUCAGUAGCAUCUGUCUAACGCCUCCCACAGAGGUCACUGGGAAGUCCCAGAGCCUGCCGCGCGAUACCGGGGUCACCUGGGACGAUAAACAGCAACUUCAGAGCCCGAUGGGGAAGUCCUGCACUCCUCAGCCAGGCAAGAGGCUCACACCGGCCGAGAAAAGCCGCUGCGCCUCCAUGGACGAGAUCCUCUCACACUCCGGGACACAGGCCACCAAACCCAGGACAUCCAUCCCCCGCUCUGCCACCUCUGCCCCCCCGGGCAACCUGCCGCCCAUCAGCCAGCUGCAGGACCUAAUCGCUCAGAAGCUGGAGAGAACUCAGGAGCUGCUGAUGCAGGUGCAGGGGGCGAAGGGGGAGGAGGUAGAGCGGGGGAAGGGGAAAGGGAAGGACUCGCCAGGUUCCAAGGGCUCCAAGGGUUCCUCGGACGGGGCCCGGGCGGAGGCAGAGAGGCUGCUGAAGGAGGCAGCGUCCACAUGGGGUCAGGCCAAGGAUGUUCUAGAGGAGGUGAAGGAGCUGAGGGCGCUCUACCGUCAGCUGGACUCGCUGCCCACCACCCAUGCCUCCCUCUCACCCCUCACACCCUCCAACAGCUGCAAGCAGACUGACUACAGGAAGAGCAUGAUGUGACCGUCAGAGAACUCAACACAGACUGGACUAUGAAUCCCUGAGCAAAAAAACAACUCAACAUGCAAAGCCACAAUAUUGUUAAAUAUGUCUGUUUCUCUCCUUCUGUGUUCUUUCACUUUAUUGAUGCUGUGACAAAGUGAGGCCAUUCAGUUGCCCAACGACGUCCCCUGUGCUUGACCACUGUGCCCUUAGAUGUCUGCUUGAUGAAGGGUG